AUGGAUACAGGCAUCCUGUUUGUUCUGACAUACGGUGCCGAGACGUUAACACUGACGAAGGGCUUAGUUCACAGGCUCAAACUCGCUCAAAGGGCAAUGGAACGAGCUAUGCUUGGGGUCUCUCUCAAAGAUACGAUCACGAUGCACAAAACCGUUGCUGAUUUUUACGAGGGUCAAUCAAUAUUUAUUACCGGGGCUACAGGAUUUCUUGGAAAGGUUUUAUUACAGAAGUUGUUAUACAGCUGUCCAAAUUUAGAUAAAGUUUACAUCUUGGUUCGAGACAAAAAAGAUGUAAACAUACAAGAAAGACUUAGGAGUGUUUUAGAAAAUCCGUUGUUUUCCAAAUUACGAAAUGAAAGACCAGAGGCCUUUGAGAAGAUCGUACCAAUAAAGGGCGAUAUCACAGAGUCAAAAUUGGGAUUAUCAUCUGAGGAUGAAAUUUUCUUAGUAAAAAAGGUGUCAGUAGUUUUUCACUUGGGUUGCUCAGUAAAUUUCAAGGAAAAACUCGAUGUGGCCGUGAAUACUAACGUUGAGGGCACAGUCCGAAUACUCGAUCUUACUCAACGCAUGGAGAAAAUCAAGUGUUUUGUAUACGUGUCAACAGCAUUUUCAAAUUCAAACACGAAAGUUAUAGAGGAAGUGUUGUACCCAGAACCAAUUCCACUAGAAGAACUUCGAAAAUUGUUAAAGAUUGGAAUGACUGAAGAAGAAUUUCAGGAACUUUUAAGCAAAGGUGCUAUUCUUUUACUUGUAUUUAGUAAAGAGCAGACGAGGAAUAGACCAAAUACGUAUUUGUUCACGAAAGCGUUGGCAGAACAUGUGGUAGCCAAUUACCAUGGCAAUGUACCUUCCAUUAUAGUACGACCGUCCAUAGUUUCGUCUAUUAAAACGGAGCCUGUCGUUGGUUGGAUAGACAAUUGGUUCGGUGCAACAGGCCACAUAGCAACAGUGUUUUUAGGCUCGAGUCGUGUAAUCCUCACUCAACAUGAAAAUAAUUUGGAUUUAAUACCCGUUGACUAUGUUUCUAAUUUAAUCAUCGUUGCCGCAUCUAAAUUGAAAAGGUUUGAUUUUUUAUAA